GUCUGUGGUCCCCGCCCCGCCCCGCCCAGCACGUCACAGCUCACGCACCUCGGUGUAAACACUGCGUGGCUGCCCAGCAGGCUGAUCGCUGCCGAAUACAGCACAGCUGAUCGGUGCAGUUGAAGUCGAGACCUGUUGGUGUGUACUUGUGACCAUGACAGACUCUGCCCCAGCGCCACCACCAGAACUCAUUCAGCUUGUAACUCUGGGUGAAGAUGUCACAUCCAUCAGAAAUUUGCUCCUGAAAGGUGAAGCUAAAGUGAAUGACACAGACAGCAGUGGCAUGACAGCCCUGCAUCAUGCGGCCUACAAGGGAAAUGCUGACCUCUGUAAGAUGCUUAUUGACCAUGGAGGUGAUGUAAACUCAGACAGCCAUGACCAUCGUUACUCUCCACUGCAUUUUGCUGCGUUGUCUGGCAAUGUUGAAGCAGUACAACAUCUUUUAACAGCUGGAGCCAGAACUUAUCAUACUAACACUCUGGGCAGAACUGCCACACAGAUGGCAGCUUUUGUGGGUAAUCAUGCAGUAGUAGCACUGAUAAACAAUUAUGUGCCCAUGUGUGAUGUAACCCAAUACACUCAACCAUCAGGAUUAGAGAAGGAGGCCAAGCUUCCAUCCUCAGCAGCCAAAGCUGUCUAUGACCUUAUCAUGCAGGUUAAUCUCCAUCCAGUUCGGAUUGCACUUAUUGUAGGAGCCUCAGAUAUCCUGCAGGUGAACAUAAACAAGGCAUGGCGGCUACUUGAACACAUGUGUGAGAAGGAAAGUAAACGCUCAGAGAAUGUAAAUGAGGUAAUCUGCAUGAAAUUCCACUACUUGGCAUAUGUUUUAAAAACUUUGGAGAAGGAGCUGAAGAAGAUGGACCUAGAAACACAAAAGAAAACAGAUACGUGUAUUUUUGAAAGUAUAAUUCGAAAAUGGCUUCGAAGUCGGUCAUCGGAUGGUGUCGAGGAGCAUUUAGAGUACUAUAUUAGAGAUGCUAUCAAGGCUUUUCCAUGGGUUGAGAUGCCCCUUUUUAUUCAACUUGUGCGAAAUAUGAGUGGCAAUCACUUAGGAGACACUUCAUCACUCUGCAUCCUCAGUGGCUGCAUCAAUGGCCAGAGGGCCUUCCAGGAUGACAAGGCAUGUUCCACUUGUGGUCAUGAAAUGAGUAAAGACCUUAAAAAAUGCUCAAAAUGUAAGAUGGUUCAGUACUGUGAUAAAUGUUGUCAGAAAUUACAUUGGCCCAUCCACAAGAAGUUUUGUGACAAGCUUUGUGUAGAAUAUCAGAAACAAGAAAAGAAAUUACAAGAAGAAAGAAGGAAAGAGGAAGAGGAAAAAGAAAGUAAAAAAGCUAGUGCAACUGCUGAUAUAGAAGAAAAAAAAGAUGAAGAUCAUGACAAAGAUUUAGCUAGUCAAGCAAAAAGUAUUAACGUUUCUUAGAGGUAGGAAAGGACUUCAUACAGUAUGUUGCAGAUGUCAUGUAGUGAAUGAACAUUACAUGCAAAUAUUAUUAAGUGAAUGUCAACUAAGUUACAAUUGUGUGCAAAACAAAGUGAUAUUCAUGUGUAAAAGCAGAUGUCAAGUUAACAAGCCUUUUAGAGUACUUAGAUGUGCUACUCCAAACCAAACUAUAUUCUUAAGUGAAUAUUUUCAUUGUAACUCAAAAUAUGUAGAGGGUAAACCAUUAUGUGAGUGUUGCUAAAACAGAUUUAAAGUGGAGCUAGGAGUAGAGUAAACCUCACUGUUGGAAAUUACCACAGCAAAUUCCACCACAGCACUAAAGCUUAGCCCCAGCAUAACGACAUUCAACCACUCUCCCCUGCUUACAUAACAUGCUUUUUUAAUUUUUUUUAUUAAUACGAGUAUUUCUAUGGCAUGGUAGUAGUGUACAAUUGCCCUAAAUAGUAGUGUCACAAAAUCCAGAUUACUUUACUAAUUGGCUCCUUGCCCAAUUUGGGGGAUUUCAACUUAUGUCAAGUAUAGGACACUAAAUAUAUAUAUAUAUAUAUAUAUAUAUAUAUAUAUAUAUAUAUAUAUAUAUAUAUAUAUAUAUAUAUAUAUAUAUAUAUAUAUAUAUAUAUAUAUAUAUAUAUAUAUAUAUAUAUAUAUAUUAAUUUUUUUUUUUUUUUCCACUGCAUAAGUAAAGGAUAUAAUCUUAAUUACCUGACAAAACAGUUGAUAUUUGAAAGACUGAAAUAUUGAGAAAUGAAGCAUCACACAAAAUUAUCACUCACAGACCUUUAUCGUUUUUGAGGGAUGAAAUUGUGAUAAUGAAGAUCUAUGUUAUUCUCAUUACUGGAGUAAAAAAUGUACUCAUCUACAUAUGCCAGGCUUUGUCUUGAGUAUCCAUCAUAGUGGGGACAAAAGGGAAUAGCAGACACACACACACACACACACACACACACACACACACACACACACACACACACACACACACACACACACACACACACACACACACACACACAUGUAUAGUACUUAUUUCAUAGUCAAAUGGCACGUGUUGUCUAGUGUUGACAGUGCAAAACAUCUGUCUUUAUUCAUGACCUCACAGCCAAUGAUAUCAUGUAGAGAAAUGAAAAAUCUUACUUGGCAAUGCAAAUAAUAAUAUAAUAUUGUUAUUUGCAUUAUUUUAAUAAUGAUGAAAAUAAUAAUAAAAAAAAAAUAUUGAGUAUAAAAGUUCAUGUUAAAGGAAUAAGUGUGAGCAACACACUCAUUGCAAAUAGAACAAAGGGUUGCUGGCAAGGGAGCGAGGUAGUUGAAAUAUAAUGUCAAAACUUUUAAAUUGUGAAGAUUCAACACAGUAUGCAAGCAGAUAAAGAUGAAACAAUUUCCAAGAUUGCAGAGAGAGAAAUAAUGAAUGGAAGUAUGGAGUGAAGGAUAGGUUGGGGGAAGAAUAUCCUGAUGCUCAAGUACUUCCACAAUGGGAAAGUUGGUUAUUUACAGAUCAUGGUGCAUAGAAACAAUAAAAAUAUGAAUAACAAAGUUGUUAUUUGGCAGUUUAGGAUACAGUGAACUUAUUUAUUUGUGAUUACAGCUUUUUCAGUAAUGGCAUGGCAAGGACAAACUUUUCAAAUGCCAUUGUCUACACAGAACAUGGUAUGGGGCAAACUUUUUCAACUUUCUAUCGCCUACACUGAACAUUUUGGGAGUGCUUUGCUGCCAAAUGAGUGUGAUUACCACACUUAAGUGAAGGUGUUGUACAAGUCAAUGUACAGAGUUGUCUCAAGUUCUCUAAUUUUUUUUAACUCUGUUUUGUCUUUGAUUAUUUUUUAUAUUAGAAACAAAAUGUAGUCAAAAUCUUGUUUACUAUAUCACAAACCCUCAUGGUCUCAAACAUCUUAUUCAAAAUAUAUCCCUUGUUUGCUGUGGUUGCUGCAUAUUGAUUGGCUGAGAAACAUUAAAUGGAACCAAGACACUACUUGCAAACAUUUAUGAGAGAAAUGUGUGAAGCAUUUGCUGCUGUUUGUUAAAGGUUGCAGUGGUUUUCUUUAGCCAUGAUAACUAAAAAAAAUCUCUGGGUCUGUUCCCAUCUAGUCCAUCCAGCUGAAGCUCAGUCAGAACAAAUCUGUAAAACUAGCUGCCUUUUUUCUUUUUACCCAUUAUCAUUAUCAUUUAUUAUUAUUAUUAUUAUUAUCAUUAUUAUUAUUGUUAUUAUUAUUAAUGAUGGAACUAAGUGUGAAUCUGUGGUGCCUUGUCUGGGCCACCCUGUGUGGAAUUCCUGGCCUGUUAUGCAUGGAUUAUUUAUUUAUUUUUUUCUAUUUAUUUGUUAUUUUUUCAAGCAUCAAAGAUAAGCAUGUGCUGUUCAAACA